AUGGCUGCUAGUCACUCCAGGCUCUCCAGAACUCUUAUUACUGUACAUGGUAAUGUGUCUAUUUCUGUCUUCUUUGAAAAGCUGCACAAAUAUGUGAGAAAUCUUAAUUACACCGACCCAACCGGAGGCAAGAUCUACUUUAAUGAGAGAAGAGAAGUUCCAACUGAUCUCAGAAUUUGCAAGAUUCUAAGCCCAGACUUUGUGCCUCAAACAUUUCCCAAUAUGAGUGAUCCCUUCUACUGGAAAAAAGGCAAACCUCCGGUAUCUCGAUGCUCAGAUCCCUGUAUACCCGGCAGCAGAAAAAAGUUUGGAUCUUCAAUUCACAAAUGCUGCUAUGAUUGUGUCUCAUGUCCAGAAGGAGAGAUCUCCAACAUUUCCGACAGUGAAAAUUGCAUGAAAUGUCCUGAUGAAGAAUGGCCAAAUGAGAAGAAGGAUCGGUGUGUUCCAAGAGUGGUGGAAUUUCUCUCCUACACUGAUGAUCCCAUUGUUGGAGUAUUUUCAGCCGUCUCCAUCCUCUGUUGUCUUCUGACUGGUUUAAUAUUGGGGAUAUUUAUACAUUACCAGGACACCCCCAUUGUUAAAGCCAAUAACCGGGACCUAAGCUAUCUUCUACUGGUCUCCAUCAUGCUGAGCUUCCUCUGUGUCUUCUUGUUCCUCGGCCAUCCAGUAGAUGUGACCUGCAUGCUGCGUGUCACCUCUUUUGGUGUCAUCUUCUCAGUUGCCGUCUCUUCUCUACUUGCCAAAAGUAUCAUGGUGUGUAUUGCUUUUAAAGCCACCAAACCUGGGAGUCCCUGGAGGAAAUGGAUGGGAACCAAACUGCCCAAUUUUAUCAUUUGUGUCUUCUCAUUGGUUCAAUUCAUAAUCUGUGUCACUUGGUUGUCUCUUUCUCCCCCCUUCCAGGAUCGGGACACUCACUCUUAUCAGGGGAAGAUCAUCAUUCAGUGUAAUGAGGGUUCAGUUAUCGGCUUCUACUCUGUCCUGGGAUAUAUGGGGCUUCUGGCAGCUGUGAGCUUCAUUAUCGCUUUUUUAGCCAGGACAUUACCGGACAGUUUUAAUGAGGCCAAGUACAUCACCUUCAGCAUGCUGGUGUUCUGCAGUGUCUGGAUUGCCAUGAUCCCAGCCUAUCUGAGCACCAGAGGGAAAUACAUGGUGGCUGUGGAGGUUUUUGCUAUAAUGGCCUCAAGUUCUGGACUUAUUGGCUGUAUAUUUUUCCCAAAAUGUUACAUAAUUCUGUUCAGACCCGACCUGAAUACAAAAGCAGCUAUCCACUAAUAUGUAUGGAAAAUUACUGGGUUAUCAGUAAUUAUAUCAUUAUCUCUGUUAUUGUUAAAUUUAAUAUGUUGUUAGUGUAUUGAGAAUGAACACUGCUAUACUGUAUAUGAAUAUUUAAUACUUACCUCUCUGGUGGACAGUAAGUUUAAUUUUUGCCCUAGACACCACUGGUAUUAGACACUUUGGGUUUGUUGGAAACCUUGUCCCCUGCUGGGUGUAGUGGUUCCUUCCACCAGCCGGUCCAUCAACACAGAACAAAGUAGUCACUUAGUGAG